AUGUCGUCUCCGGGCUCGGCCUCGUCGGCCAGUCCGCCCCACCCGCUCCGCCCCUACUACCAGCCACCCGAGGAUUCCGUAUUCGUCGCCUCAGCACCCCGCUUCUCCACCACGGGGACACCUCAGGCUGCGUCUCGCAGUGGGGCGGGGCCUUCAGCCUCCAGCAGCAGCUCGUCCUUCCCGCGAUUCUCGCCCAAUGCGGCCCACGCGAAUCGCUACAUGUCUGCCAACGAUGCCACGCCAUACGUGGCCACCAGCUCCUCGGGCAUGGCCGCAGACGCCACCGCCAACUUCACAGACAUGGCGCGCGCCCUCCUCGUCAGCGGCGCGCUCCAGUACACGAGCACCUGCCUCGCAAUGCCCUUCGAGGUCGGCAAGCUCCUCCUCCAGGUCCAGUGGGUGCCCCGCGACGAUGUAUGGGUGCAGAUCACCCAGACCGCCGCUGCGACCAAGAUGAUCGAGCAGCGCGAGAUGCAGGAGCGAAUGCGGAGGCAAGCGCACGAGGCCGGCACCCAUGGCGCCGACCAAGGCGAUGACGACGACGACGACAAUGCCCCAGAGAGGGACGUGUGGGCGGGCGACGACGUGUCGCCCGAGGCGGAGGAAUGGCAGGAAGAGCGCGAUGCGCAGAACCACUACGGCGGCUCGGGCUACAUGGACGACGAAGAGCUCUCCGACGAGCACGAGGCAGAGGCCUACUUCCGAGACCUCUCUUCGCGGCCAUCCAGACCCGACGCAUCCCUGCACAGGCCCAAGCGGCGACGGCAGCGGCAGGUCGACCACGGCGGCUACGUGAUGCGGCGGAGCGUCCACGACGACGGCGCACGGCCCGAGUUCAUCAUGCCGGUCGUCGUGCGCGGCGGCGUGUGGGAGAUGAUCAAGGCCGUCGGCCGCGGCAAGGAGGGCUGGCUCGGCCUGUGGAAGGGCUCGCUCACCUCGUUCGUCCUCGAGAUUGCCUCGUCCACCAUCCAGCCCAUCAUCUCAUCGAUCCUCUCGCUCGUCGCGCCCUCGGCUCUCUCGCCGCUGCCGCUCGCCUACACCCCUUACCCGUACAAGACGUUGGCAUUGCUGCUGACGUCGCACCUGGCCACAGGCAUCCUCAUCUCGCCCAUCGACACGAUCCGCACGCGGCUGAUUGCGCAGAGCACGCUGCCCGCCCACCGCAAGUACAGCGGGCCGUACGACGCGCUGCGCAAGAUGCUCGACGAGGAGGGCGGCUGGAAGACGGCCUACCUGCACCCCAACGUGCUCGUCCCCACCAUCCUCGACUUUACGCUGCGCCCGCUCCUGUCGCUCGGCACGCCGCUCCUCAUUGAGCAGACGCUCAAGCUCGAGCCCAACACGCAUCCCAUCAGCUACGCCAUCGCCGAGCUGGCCAUCACGACGGCGUCGCUCUGCGUCACCCUGCCCAUUGAGACGGUGCGGAGGCGGCUGCAGCUCCAGAUCCGCGCUCCCUACGGCGCUGCUCCCCACUCUGCUGCCGCCGGCGCCGACAAGAGGGCAUUGACGAGCCGCUCGCUGCGUUCGGAAAAGGGAGGCGCUUCGACUGCAACCAAGCCCGCAUCGGGCAACACGGCCAUUCGGGGACUGCGCACCUGCGUCGAGACGAGACCCGUGCCCUACGUCGGCGUCGUCGAGGCCAUCUACCGCAUCCUGACAGAGGAGACGUCGGCCACGCCCCGUCGCAAGGACGGAAGCAGCGCAGGCGGCGACGGCGAUGGCGACGGCGACGGCCAACGAGGGGACGACGACGACGACGACGACGCCGCCGGGGCUUCCGGCGCCACCACCAACAAGGACGACGCGGGCGCCGCGGCCAUGGCCCAGUCGGGCGUGCUGGCCAAGACGGGCCACUCUUCGCUCGGUGGCUUGCGCAGCCUGUACCGCGGCUUCGGAAUGGCGUUUGGCGCCAACCUCGUCGUCUUUAUGCUCACCCUCGUCAGCGGGGAGCGCGCCGGCGAGGCUGGCUGGGCCGAGAUUUAG